AUGUCCAACCAGUUCAAAGCCCCCCCUCUCCAGGUCUCCUCCAUCUUGUCCGGCGGUAUCCACCAUCCCACUCUCCGAGCAUGGCAGGCCAACGGGAGAAACCUCACAAAAGACAUGUUGAUCUAUCCGAUCUUCAUUUCCGACGACCCUGAGGCCGAGCAGGUGGUCGCAACUCUUCCUGGCCAAAAGCGAUGGGGAAUCAACAAGCUCGAAGGCUUCUUGAGGCCUUUAGUGGAGAAGGGUUUGAAGAGUGUCAUAUUGUUCGGUGUUCCGAUGAAGAUGGAGAAGGAUCCUCGAGGAAGUGCCGCCGAUGACGAAAGCACACCUGUCAUCCAGGGUCUCAAGCUUCUAUCUAAACUGUUUCCCCAGCUCAUGCUCGUGGUUGAUGUUUGUCUCUGCGAGUACACCUCACAUGGUCACUGCGGUAUUCUCUCCUCCCUCCCCAACCCCAUUCACUCCAACGCACCUACCCUCGAUGCCGAGUCUUCUGCCCAGAGGAUUGCCGAGGUCGCUAUUGCGUACGCCAGAGCGGGUGCCCACUGUGUGGCCCCCAGUGACAUGAUGGACGGACGAAUCAGGGCUAUCAAGCUUGGUCUCAUGCACGCUGGAUUGGCCAAUAGGUGUGCUUUGAUGAGCUACUCGGCCAAAUUUGCCAGUGGCCUGUAUGGUCCUUUCAGAGACGCUGCCGGUAGUGCUCCUUCGUUCGGCAACAGAAAGUGCUACCAGCUACCGCCUAACGCCAGGAGCCUCGCCAGAAGGGCUAUACAACGCGAUGCCGCUGAAGGUGCUGAUAUCCUCAUGGUCAAGCCUUCUCUUCCUUACUUGGACAUCAUCUCGGAUUGUGCUCAAUAUGCUCCGGAUCACCCCACAGCUUGCUACCAAGUGUCCGGAGAAUAUGCUAUGGUCUGCGCAGGAGCCGAGAAGGGCAUAUACGAGCUGAAAGAGAUGGCUUUUGAGACAACGGAGUCUAUGGUCAGGGCGGGCGCCAGCAUCAUUCUCAGCUACUUUACACCCCAGUUCUUGGACUGGCUGGACCAAUAG